AUGUCUGCUCUGACCAGUGUACCUCAGGGAGUGUUAUUGAAUCAAACCUUAGUCACUGAAUUUCUCCUCUUGGGAGUGACAGACAUACAAGAAUUGAACCCUAUUCUCUUUGCCAUAUUCCUUACCAUGUACUUUGUCAAUGUGGCUGGAAAUGGAGCCAUCCUGAUGAUUGUCAUCUUGGAUUCAAGACUCCACUCUCCUAUGUAUUUCUUCCUGGGAAACCUAGCAUGUCUAGAUGUCUGCUACUCUACUGUGACAGUGCCGAAGAUGCUGGAGAACUUCCUCUCCACAAGCAAAGCAAUUUCCUUUCUGGGAUGCAUAACACAGCUUCAUUUAUUCCACUUCCGGGGUAGCACAGAGGCCUUGCUGCUGACAGUAAUGGCAUUUGAUCACUUCAUGGCUAUCUGCAAACCACUCCACUACCCUUUCAUCAUGAAUCGUCAAGUGUGUAUCCAGAUGACUGUCACCAUUUGGGCCAUUCCUUUUCUUCAUGUCCUGCUUCACUCCAUAAUGACAUCUCGUUUGAGCUUUUGUGGUUCCAACCAUAUUCAUCAUUUCUUCUGUGAUGUUAAGCCAUUAUUGAAGUUGGCCUGUGGUAACACUGAACUCAACAGGUGGCUGCUUAAUUCUCUCACAGGUACCAUUGCUAUUGGCCUCUUCUUUUUGACACUUCUCUCCUAUUUCUACAUUAUCACUCAUCUGUUUCUCAAGACUCGUUCUUGCAGCAUGCUCCACAAGGCACUGUCCACUUGUGCCCCUCACUUCAUGGUUGCUAUUAUUUUCUGCCCCGUUCUCUACAUCUAUAUCAGUCCAGCUUCAGGGAGCUCUCUGGAAGAGGACAGGAUCAUUGCUGUCAUGUAUACUGUGGUUACUCCUGCACUCAAUCCACUUAUAUAUACUCUAAGGAACAAGGAAGAGAGAGGUGCUUUUAAUAGAAAAAUCAGAAUACAGCUUUGA